GGUUCUGUAUCGGUGUGUGAAAAAUAACUGGAGAGUGAGUCUUCCCUGUGGGUCAUACGCUAGGAUUCGCAUUCAACAUGUUCCCAAUUAUUGGUGUGUGAAAACGCAAAAACGAGCCUCCGUCCCAAUUAUUCCAGGAAACACCGCGUCCGCGUUUUUGUCUGAGCUUUACAUUUCUUCCUGCUCUAUUCGCCGUCAGGGCUUGCCCAAUUUUCGGCCUUCUUCACUCCCGCGGGUUUCUUUCGUCCAAAGGAUAGAAUGAUCGCCCGUAUGAAGAGAUCCUCGACUCUGAAAGGGGAUAGACCGCCGGUUCUGUGGCUAGAUCGGCGAGACGCGACGGAGUUUGUGGACUAUGACGCGUAUUAUUCUAGAUUGUUCACUGAAGAUUUUUCAGUCUCGACUUCUUCUCUGACGACGCGCCCUCUAGAGUUCCCAGAUCGCAACAGUUUCCGUAUCUUAGGAGGAGGCGGUAGCGAAAUGGAUCGGAUUUACCGGUCCCUUGGGGUUUCCGGUCCCAAGGAUUUGGCGAUUUCGUUUGACGCGUGGGAGGCUUGCAAACGUUCCUCUUAUAAUAUUAUUGAUAGUGAGAAGUUUCAGGCCGAGGCUGCUAAAGCUGCUGAUUCACUGGGUCUAGACAAUACCAAGCUGACGCUGGCACCAAGGACUUCCACUAGGGACUCGUUCGAAGGCUGGAAUGAUUUCUUUGAAUUGCUCAGGAACAGGCAACUUCCGCGUUCGCUCUCUGGGUGCACCGCCGUUGAAUUCCUGAGCCGCCUUCCCUCCGACAAAAUCGAAGCCAUCGUCGACAACCUCACCUCCGCCAAUUUUUUUGCAAUCACCGGAGACCAUAACGAAAAUCAUUUUGGCACCCCAAUUUUUGGAAAGCAUGCGAAUGGCGAGAAGAAUCUCAAUCCCAAUUACCAAAGCCUUCCCGGAGGAUACAAAUCUGAAACCACGGGACGAUACCACGACGACGACAAGGAGGAUCUGUUCGAGAUAUGUUUGACAACCAGCGAUGUCGGGAACCUAGACCGCCUCGUCGUCACCGCCAACAAGGACGCCGGUAAGUACUUUCGCUUAGCCACCAUCCUCACAGGCACCGACAGUCUCCUUCGAUUAGAGGAUGGUGAAGGUAAGACAUGGCUGUUUGGGUUCUCAUACCCCACCAACAUCAGUCAAAGCUACGAAUUUACGAAAGGUUGGGGCAACUACGUUAAGGAGAAGAAGCUACGUGCAGGAGACUUUGUUUUCUUCCAACGAAGCCGAACCGACGGCAGCAAGCUCUUCAUUGGCUUCAGAAGGCGCGGCAGUGGUGGCGCUGCUCUCGGAGAUGAUGAUGCUCACGAGUUUUCUCCUAGUGCAGUACUGAAUUCUACAUCACCAGCUACAUCCGACAAAACUCUAGAACUGAGAGAGAAUCUCGAGGAAGUUGAUACUCCUUUCCAGCUAAGAUCGCCGGAGCAUAGAAUAAAAGGGUUUGAACCUAUAUUAGUCAUUUCUUGUGGCGACAACCAGGACUCCGAGGAGAAAUACUUCAUCAGCUACAUCUUCAACGAGUUGUCUCUCCAUGGCUUCACCCCUUUGAGAUGUGAUCUAACCUGGAGCAUAGCAAUUGAGAAUCCAGAGAUGCUAUACAGAUCCCGAGUUGCUAUUAUCGUUUUCUCCAUGAACUAUGCUUGUUCCAGAGAGUGCCUGGAUGGAUUUGUGGCAAUCAUGGACCAUUUGAAAGCAAACAACCUUUUGAGUAUUCCUGUGUUUUUUAAAGUAAGUCUUCCGGACGUCAGGGGUCAAAGUGGCUCUUUUGAAAAAGCUUUCACUCGACUUGAGAAUUCAGUCCAGGCAUCCCAAGUUCUGAAAUGGAGGGCGGCUAUGAUCGAAUUAACUUCCAUCAAUACAUAUCAGUACAUGAAGGGGGAUGAGGUUAUGCUGGCCAAGAAUAUUGUCAGAGAUGUCUGUUUACUGCUCAAUUCUGAAACAAACAAGAAGCUACAAGGAAUGAGGCUUCAGUUAAAAAGAAUAUUGUCUCUGCUGAAUUGUUCUCAGACUUCAUCCCCACAGAUUGUUGGACUUUGGGGUAUGGCUGGCAUUGGGAAGACUACCAUCACUAGAGAAAUUUUCAGAACACAAGCUGAGAGAUAUGACGUGUGCUACUUUCUGCCAGACUUUGAUCUAAUGUGUCAAACAAAAGGGUUGAGUCAUUUGCGGGAAGAGUUCUUCUCGAAAAUCUUUGGGGAAGAAAACAGUUUCAUAAACGCAUGUGAUACAAAACUAAGUUUCACAAGGGAUAGGUUUCUUGGUAAAAGUGUACUCAUUGUUGUUGAUGGUGUGAGUAAUGCUAGAGAUGCAGAAGUUUUGGUUGGAGGGUUUGGCUGGUUUUCUGGUGGACAUUCAAUCAUCUUAACAUCUAGGAAUAGACAAGUUCUUGUACAGUGUAAAGCCAAAGAGAUCUACGAGAUCCAGAAACUAUCGGAACCUGAAUCUCUUCGCCUUUGCUGCCAGUUUGCCACUGAACAAAACUGGAAGGAAAGGAUGUCGUUGAUCUCGGAGCUGUUGAACUACGCUAGUGGCAAUCCAUUAGUUCUGCAAGUCUUAGGUUUGUCUAUACAAAAGCAAUGUAUUGACGAUGAGAAACAGCAUCUGAGAAGGCUGCGACAGCAUCCUCCUAUUAAAAUUCAGGAUGCAUUUAGAAGAAGUUUUAAUGGAUUAGAUGACAACGAGAAAAACAUAUUUUUGGACCUGGCAUGUUUUUUCAGAGGGGAGAAUAAAGAUCUUGUGGUGAACAUCCUUGAUGGUUGCGGGUUUCUUACAGAUUUAGGAAUCUAUAGUCUCAUUGAUGAGUCUCUCAUCAGCCUUGUAGAUAACAGGAUAGAAAUGCCUAACAUUUUCCAAGACACGGGUCGAUUUGUUGUUUGUCAAGAACACGAAGAGGCAGGCAAGCUAAGCAGAUUGUCGGAUUCUAAUGACACAGCUGAUGUGCUGACAAACAAUUCAGGAACGGAAGCAAUUGAGGGCAUAUUUCUGGAUGCGUCUGGCCUGGAAUUGGAGAUGAGUGCUACUGUAUUUGAGAGGAUGUAUAGACUUAGACUGCUCAAGCUCCACUGUCCAACUUCGGAAAACCACAGUAAGGUUUGUCUACCUCAAGGCCUCCACUCUUUGCCUGAUGAACUACGGCUACUCCACUGGGAAGGAUAUCCUCUAGGAUCCUUACCUCGGAAUUUCAAUCCUAUAAAUCUUGUAGAACUGAACAUGCCCUAUAGCAACUUGACAAAACUAUGGAAAGGAACAAAGAAUCUUGAGAAGCUAAAGAGGAUCAUUCUGAGUCACUCCCGACAGUUGACUAAGUUCCCAAGGCUUUCAAAGGCCAGGAACCUUGAGCAUAUUGAUCUUGAAGGAUGUACGAGUCUGGUAAAAGUUAACUCAUCUAUUCUUCAUCAUCACAAGCUUACUUUCUUGAGUCUGAAAGACUGUUCUCAUUUGCGAUUUAUGCCUACCACGGUUCAUCUGGAAUCUCUUGAAGUUCUUAACCUAUCUGGCUGCGCAGAGCUCGAGGACUUUCAGGGUUUCUCGCCAAACCUGAAAGAGCUAUAUCUAGCUGGAACUGCCAUUAGAGAAAUGCCAUCGUCAAUCGGGGAUCUCACUAAGCUUGUUACAUUAGAUCUAGAGAAUUGUAAUAGACUUCAGCACCUGCCACAGGAGAUAAGUAAUCUGAAAACUUUGGUGACCCUUUGCGCAAAACGUCCUGCUUCUUCCAUGAAUCUAUCUAGCGUGGAGGAUACGGCACCAGCAUAUAAGAGACACAGAUUGAAGAGAGUUAUUGAAACUGUUAUUCUGAGCUUAAGAAAAAGAAAGCGAGGAAAGUGUGUCUCUAGAGCCACAAACCAGGUUCAUCGUGGCUCAGCUUCUACCUCGGCAAAUGAUCCCUCUUCUUUUUGUGGAUUCCAUGUUUUACCAGAAAGACCCGACCAAUCCAAAUGCCUAUUUUACAUGAAGACAGGAGAUUGCAAAUUUGGUAAUGCUUGUAAAUUUCAUCAUCCGAAAGACAGAGAAAUCUCUCUCCGUGAGAGUUCCUUAAGCCCCAUAGGCCUCCCAUUACGGCCGGGAAAACCUCUGUGUCCCUUGUAUUUUCACAAUGGAAACUGCAGCUCCGGUCCUACUUGUAAUUUUGAUCACCCGUCGUUGGUAUUAACACACAAGAAUACAUCUUCCGUGGCUUCCGAGACACUGCACUUGAGUACACUACGGGUUUCUUCUACAAUUGAAGAUUCAUCAAGAGAUUCCUCAAGUGAGUUUGUGGAAGCAUCAACGAAGAAACCCAGAACAGACAAGAAUACAUCUUUCGUGGCUUCCAAGACACUGCACUUGAGUCCGCUUCGGUUUUCUUCUUCAAUUGGAGAUUCAUCAAGAGAUUCAUCCGGAGACUCAUCAAGUGAGCUUGUGGAAGCACCAACUAUGAAACCCAGAACACACAAGAAUCCAUAUUCCGUGGCUUCCGAGACACUGCACUUGAGUCCGCUACGAUUUUCUUCUACAAUUGGAGAUUCAUCAAGAGAUUCAUCAAGUGAGCCUGUGGAAGCAUCAACUAAGAAACCUAAAACACACAAGAAUCCAUCUUCGGUGGCUUCCGAGACACUGCACUUGAAUCCUCUACGUUUUUCUUCUUUAAAUGGAGAUUCAUCAAGAGAUUCAUCAAGUGAGCCUGUGGAAGCAUCAACUAAGAAACCCAGAACACACAAGAAUACAUCUUCCGUGGCUUCCAAGACACUGCACUUAAGUCGGCUAGGAUUGUCUUCCUCAAUUGGAGAUUCAUCAAGUGAGCUUGUGAAAGCAUCAACGGUGUCUGAGGUGAUACAAGCAACCGAUGAUGGAGACACCACAUAUGUUGCAAACUUUAGUGAAGAAGAACUCGAUUUGUUGGGCUCAUCCCUAACAUAUCCACCGAGCUCUAUCUGUAAACCUACUCAAUCAGCAGCUCAGAUUAAUGAGGUUUCCAGGGCUCGAUCUUUGGAGAAGAAGCUAACCAAAGAGUUUGGAGAUAGCGAAUUUGGAGUGUGUGUACGUUCUCCUAAAACACGCAAAUCAAGACGUUCUGAUAGUGAAGGAUCCGUUCAUGAUGCUGCUAUCCGGAUUCAAUCCGAAUUCCGUGGCUUCAAGUGCCGAAAAAGACAUUUGAUUACUAUACAAGGAAUCGUUUUAAUACAGGCUCGUUGGAGAGGCUACCAGGUUAGAAAAAACUACCGGAAUUCAGUUUUGUAAAUGGGGAUAAUAGAGUAAGGUGGAAGCAUCACAAUGCGAUAAUAAUCUGCAGAGGAGACGAGACCAUUGAUACAGAGCAAGAGUGCAAGACUAAAAGCUUUUGUCACAAUAAGAGCUGUAAUGAUUUGAUGAUUCAUAAUGAAGAAUCAGUGUACUGUGAAAAUUAUAUUUGCUUAACUGAAAAAUAUGACGUGGACACCUAAUCGACCGUCGUUUGAAUCUUGGCAGUGAAAACCUUGCACUGCUCACACCACCACCUCUCGAACCAUCUCACCAAGUCUCGACCCAGAGGGCUUCCUCAGUCCUCCCUGUGUUCUUUCUUCCUUCUCUCCAGAUCCAACUCUCACCAUUUUUCUUUUGUCACAAGAGACAAAAUCGAUUCGAUCCACCCUCUUAAAUUCCCAAAGCUCUCUCCGAUUUCGAAUUUCAGUUUUUUCUCCCCCAGAUCAAUUUGUUGUAGUUUCUCUGAAGAAGAAAAUCAGUUUUGGUGGUUCAUGAUUUUGCUCUCGUGAGCUCCUUAUGGAUUCGCAGCCUUCCUUAAUGGGAAGGUUCAUUGCCAACACUAACCGAUCGAGCUUAGAUCUUGGCCGUCCUUCGUCUUCGUCUUCGUCUUCUUCUCCUUCAUCGUUAACCAAAUCCAUCUCCGAUGCAAGUAGCCAGAGCCUCUCUUCGAUCCUCAACAAUCCACAUGGAGGCAAGUCUGGUGUUUAUGGCUCCGAUGCGUCUUGGGUUGGUUGGUGGUCGUCGUCGACGUUCGUAGCUCCCUCUGAGUUCGCCCCUGUUGCUUCAACGAAGCUCCCGGGCUCAGAGCUGACCAGAUCCGACUUCCAUGGCUACGUCUCGUCGAUCUCUGAGUCUCAUGGUAGGUUUGAGGAUAUCAGGAACCACACGAGGGAAGAGAGCUCUGGGUUUGAUCAGGAGAGCCACGUAUCGGGUUUAGCCGCGUGUCUGCGUGAGGUUCCUUCGCUCUACUUCAAGGAGGAUUUUGCCCUCGAGGACGGAGCUACAUUUCGUUCUGCUUGCCCUUUCUCGACCCUGACGGAGAAUCUAGCCCUUCAAGAGAAGCUGUCACAGUAUCUUGAUGUGGUGGAGAUGCAUCUCGUGAAGGAGAUCUCCGUGAGGUCGGAUUCGUUCUUCGAGGCACAGGGGCAGUUGCAGGAUUUGAAUGUGAAGAUUGUUGAGGGUUGUAGUAGGAUCCGCGAGUUGAAAGAGACUAUUCGGCUCCUAGACAGGAAUUUGGUAGAUUCGGCUCGACAGAUUCAAGAGCUGAGCUCAACGAGGAUUAAUAUGUUGGAGCUGCAACGUAAAUUGAGACUUAUUUUGUAUGUUAACCAAGCUCUCUCUGCACUCAAAUUGCUUGUUGCGUCCGCAGAUUGUGCUGGAGCUUUGGAUAUAACUGACGAUCUCCAGAACUUGUUGGCUGGGGAUGAGCUAACUGGUCUACACUGCUUCCGUCAUCUUCGUGAUCAUGUUACUAGUUCCAUAGAUUCUAUAAACAGUAUUCUAACAUCAGAAUUUAUGCGUAUCUCAAUACACAAUACUGGGGAAAUAUAUGUACUGAUUUUAUCUACAGCAAAAGUACGGGGAUCCAUUUCAUCUAACGGGAAGACCGGUGAUGAGGUUAAUCUAGAAGAAGAGGAUACCUCUAGCUUAUGUGAUCGGCUUCUUCCUCUAGUUAUUGGAUUGCUAAGAACGGCAAAGUUCCCCUCAGUUUUGAGGAUGUAUCGUGAAGCACUUACAUCCGAAAUGAAAAAUGCAAUCAAGAACGCAGUUGCCGAGCUGCUUCCAAUUCUUGUUGCAAGAUCGCUCGAAUCUGAUUUUUCACAUGGGGAGCGCUCAGUAGAUGUUGAUGGUGGCGGCUUAUCUCUUGCAAGCAAGUUGAGGAGUCUGUCAUCUGAGGCAUUUGUUAAUCUCUUAACUGCAAUAUUCAGGAUUGUUCAGGCACAUCUAGUCCGGGCUUCAGAAGUGAAAAAGGCAAUUGAAUGGAUCCUCUGCAAUAUCGAUGGACAUUAUGCAGCUGAUUCAGUUGCAGCUGCAAUUGCUGUUGGUGCUAUAGCGGCCGAAACAGCCCAGGAAACAGGUUUCCAAGGGGGGUCAUUAGUGCCUUCUUCAUUGGGUAAGGCUACCUCAAAGGCCCCUCCAUUGCAGGGAAAAUCGAGUGAUCCAUCAAGCUUGAUGAACAUGUCAAGAAACUUCAGGGCCGAUGUCUUGAGAGAAAAUACAGAAGCUGUCUUUGCGGCUUGUGAGGUUACUCAUGGUAGGUGGGCAAAGCUACUAGGAGUUCGUGCUCUUCUUCAUCCAAAACUAAAAUUGCAGGAGUUCAUGAGCAUUUAUGAUCUCACCCAAGAAUUUAUAACAGCUACGGAGAAGAUUGGUGGACGAUUGGGAUCUAGCAUUCGUGGGACGCUGCAAUCACAAGCCAAAGCCUUUGUGGAUUCGCAGCAUGAAGCUCGGAUGGCAAAACUGAAAGCUGUGCUUGAUCAAGAAACAUGGGAUGAGAUUGAUGUUCCCGAAGAAUUCCAAUCCAUAAUCAGUUGUCUUUUUGCAUCCCCGGAGUUGAGUCAUGGGAAAGAUGAUGCUGCCGAUAUUAAAGCAAACCACAGAAAUCCGCUACCUCUCAAUGGGUCUCUCACUUCAGGAACUGAGAAUCAAAAUACUGAAUUGCGAAAUGACCAAUCUGAAUCUAGUGAAGGUCCUGCAAUUAGUGAUGCACGAGUUAAAUCCACAGUGUCGCCUGAGUCUCUUGAAAGAAGUAAGGCUGGUGUAUCUUCAGUUGCGAAUAAUCAAAGCAAUCAGAAGGCACACGGAAAAUCUAACCUUUUCUAUCAAGGAGUUGGUUACCACAUGGUAAACUGUGGAUUAAUAUUACUGAAGAUGCUGUCAGAAUACAUUGAUAUGAACAACUCUUUGCCAGCUUUGUCCUCGGAAAUUGUGCUUCGUGUUGUUGAAGUGUUGAGAUUUUUCAACACUAGGACAUGCCAACUUGUUCUGGGUGCUGGUGCUAUGCAGGUAUCUGGUUUAAAGUCCAUAAAGGCGAAACACUUGGCACUUGCAAGUCAAGUUAUCGACCUCGCUUACACUAUUAUUCCUGAAUCCAGAAGAAUUCUGUUUUCAAAAGUACCUGAGACGAGAAAGCCACUGUUGUCGGUAGAGAUUGAUAAAGUUGCUCAGGAUUAUAGGGUUCAUCGAGAUGAAAUAUACACCAAACUGGUUCAGAUAAUGAGAGAAAGACUUUUGGCGCAUCUUCAUGGGUUGCCUAAAGUUGUUGAGGGAUGGAACAGACCGCCAGACACCAAUAAACAAACUAAAGAGUUUGCGUGGCCACUCACAAGGGAAGUUGGCUACCUUCAUCGUGUCUUGUCCGAGACAUUGCAUGAAGCAGAUGUUCAAGCAAUCUUCAGGCAGGUGAUUUUAAUUAUACACACACAAACCUCUCAAACGCUUACUAACUUGGAGAUAAGCUCUCCAGAGGCAAAGAAAAGGCUGAAGCUUCACGUCGAGCUUAUCCUAAAAUGCAUCCGGUCGUUACCAUCCGACAAUGCCAAUCAAUCAGACAUCCCGAACUGGGGACAACUAGAUGAAUUUUUUGCACAAAACUUUAGAGAAGAAGAAGGCGAAGCUGAAUGCUCAUAUUUCAGUUCUGUUCUUGGCUCGGAUGAAUUUUAUAUAUCAAUCUAUGGUUGUACCAAAAGUUUGGUAGGCGAAAGCAUCUCUAUAAAGAUAGAGAUCAUAUUCCUCGGUGAUGUGUGGUUGGAUCAACUAGAAAUGGAUGCAUUGGCGAACAUUUUUGGGUCCUUUGGGAGAAGGAGUUCAAGUAGAACGAAUGUUUCGGGUUCGAGAGCAAGCCCCGGUGAUAGGAAGAUCCUCUCCCAGGAACUCGAAAGGGUAAUUCUUAUGAGAUUGAAUCUACGUGAUGCCAAGGCAACAAACAAGGUUAUGGGUAAAGUUUGGAAGAUACCAGGUGUAUCUUCUGUAGUCUUGGAUGGGGACUGCCGGAUCAAGGUGACUGGGACAGUGGAUCCACAAAAGCUACAGAGCAAGCUCAAAAACUACCGGCCUGUGAUACUGGAGGUUGUCCUGAGCAAGAAGCACGAUUCAGAUGUAGAAGAAUGUGGCAGCGAGCAAACGAAGAUAGGAUUUAAAAGUUUGGGUUUGGACGAUAAGCUUUCUAGGGGAGAAGAUUACAGCGAUGUGAUCAGUAUCACUUCACCGGCAUGCAAAUGGGAAGGAUCAGACGACUUCAGUUCAGGGGACGACAUUACAGUCGUUGUAGACAAAUCCACAACUACGGUUCCCAACAGGAGGCACUGGAACGAUGACUGGAUCUCUUUCUGCGAGUUCCUCAGCAACCGUAUGCAUCCGUUGACUCCCUCUGGCUGCACCGCCGAUGAUGUGAUUGAUUUUCUUCGCACGCGGCAGGCUUCAGGCGGCAUCGAGGCUCUUGUUAGCCGCCUCAGUACAAAGAGCGAGGCGCAUGGCCUGAGACCUGAGGACAAUCCUUUCCGCAGCGUAGCUGUAACAGCGUAUAUGAAGGCUGCGAGGGAGGUGACGACUCAAGAAACAGAAUGCAUACUAAUCUUUACGUGCAACGACGACCUUGAUGCGGAUGAGGCAUCUUUCAUCGAAGCCAUCUCGAAAGAGCUGCACAAGCGAGAGGUCACCCCUUUGAGAUAUAAUCUAUUGGGCAGAGAGAACCUGGAUGCGGAGAUGCUAUACAGAUCUAGUGUUGGUAUCAUGAUACUUUCAAAUGCUUAUGCAUGUUCUAGACAGUCCCUGGACCAUCUGGUGGCGAUCAUGGAGCAUUGGAAAGCAACAGACCUUGUGAUUAUUCCUAUAUAUUUUAAGGUAACACUUUCAGACAUUUGUGGGUUGAAAGGCAGGUUUGAAGCAGCAUUUCUGCAGCUUCAGAGUUCUCUCCAGGAAAAGAGAGUUCAGAAAUGGAAAGCGGCCGUGACUGAAAUAGUGUCCAUCGGUGGACUUGAAUGGACAAAGGGAACUCAGUUUAUGCUUGCGGAGGAAGUUGUAAGAAACGCAUCCCUACGGCUAUAUUUGAGAAAUAGCAAGAAUAUGGUCGGAAUUUUAUCGUUGUUGAAUCACUCCCAGUCUUCAGACGUGGAAAUUGUAGGAAUCUGGGGCAUGGCGGGAAUAGGCAAGACAUCUAUUGCUAGAGAAAUAUUUGAAAUACUGGAGCCACACUAUGACCUGUGUUACUCCUUGCAAGACUUUCAUCUAAUGUAUCAGAUGAAAGGGCUGAGGCAAUUGCGUGAUGAUUUCUUGUCGAAAGUAUUUGGGGAAGAAAAACUGAGUAUAGGCGCUUCUGAUACAAAACUGAGUUUCAUGAGGGACCGGUUCCAUAGUAAAACGAUUCUUGUUGUUCUCGACGACGUCAGUAAUGCCAGAGAUGCAGAAGCUGUAGUUGGAGGGUUUGGCUGGUUUUCUCAUGGGCACACAAUCAUUUUAACGUCUAGGAAAAAGCAAGUUCUUGUACAGUGCAAGGUUAAAGAGCUAUACGAGAUCCAGAAUCUAAGUGAAUUUGAAUCUUCUCGUCUCUGCAAACAGUAUUUAAAUGGAGAAAGUGCAAUCAUCUCAGAGCUUAUAAGCUGCAGCAGUGGUAUUCCCUUGGCCCUCAAAGUUUUAGUUUCCUCUGUAUCAAAGCAGCAAUUAAAUAAUAGUAUGAAGGAACAUCUCCAGUGCUUGCGGAAAAAUCCUCCUACUCAGAUUCAAGAAGCAUUUCAGAGAAGCUUUGAUGGACUAGAUGAAAACGAGAAGAACAUUUUUUUGGACCUUGCAUGUUUUUUCAGAGGGGAGGAUCAAGAUCACGUGGUGCAGAUACUUGAUGCUUGCGGUUUUUUCACAUAUUUGGGAAUCUGUGAUCUUAUAGAUGAGUCUCUUAUUAGCAUUUGGGACAAUAGGAUAGAGAUACCUAUUCCUUUUCAAGACGUUGUUCGGUUUCUUGUUCAUGAAGAAGAUGAGGAUCCAUGCGAGCGUAGCAGAUUGUGGGACUCUAGCGACAUAGCUAAUGUAUUGACUAACAAUUCAGGAACGGAAGCGAUUGAAGGCAUUUUCCUAGAUGCGUCUGACUUGACCUGUGAGUUGGGUCCUACUGUGUUUGAUAAGAUGUAUAAACUUAGAUUGCUCAAGUUCUAUUGUUCCACCUCUGGGAACCAGUGCAUGCUUAGUCUACCUCAAGGCCUCUACUCUUUGCCUGAUGAGUUAAGGCUACUUCACUGGGAGGAUUAUCCUCUGGAAAAUUUGCCCCGGAAAUUUAAUCCUGAGAACCUUGUAGAGCUUAACAUGCCUUAUAGCAACAUGGAGAAGUUAUGGGAAGGGAAGAAAUUUAGUAAUCUGGAGAAGCUAAAGAAACUGAGACUGAGCCACUCCAGAAAGUUAACUGAUAUCCGGAUGUUAUCAGAAACAUAUUGAUCUCGAAGGAUGCACAUUAGUACAUCUAUUCCUCGUCGUGGGAAGCUUGUUUCCUUGAAUAUGAGAGACUGCUCUCAUUUGAAAACUCUGCCUGCGAUGGUGAACUUAACAUCUCUCGAGCUUCUUAAUUUGUCUGGCUGCUCAGAGCUUGAUGAGAUUCGGGAUCUUGCACCAAAUCUGAAAGAGUUAUAUCUAGCUGGGACUGCCAUAACAGAACUUCCAUUGUCGAUAGAGAAUCUCACUGAACUUGUGACGCUAGAUCUGGAGAACUGCAGAUGGCUUCGGCAACUACCGUUAGGAAUAUGAUACGAUUCAUCAAACGUAUUAUCGCAAAAGGAAGAAGAAUGGGACCGAAGAAGACAACGUGAGAGUGAGAAAAGAGUCAAGAGCUGAGCUGGCGGGUGAGUCAGCAGCGAAGAAAAAUUGUAAAUAAAAGAUGUUUCGUAUAAAUAGAGGAGUGUUCUCUGUUUUCGUUUUCUAUCCAGAAAAUUACAUUGUCAAGUGUGCUUUCUUCUGAUCGUAUGUGAUCAGUAACCAAGAUCGUAUGUGAUCGAGGUUCGCUUUGUAAUUGGAUACAUUCUUUCAUUUCAAUACAAAUUCAUUCUUUUAUUGAGA